UAUGAUAAUUGACAACAAAUUUCAAUUGAAUCAUAAAAUUAAUAUGUUUGUACCACGUAAAAUGCGAGAAAAGAAGUAAUUAUUUUAUCUUGUUUGUGUGGGGUGUGGUGGGGGAGAAAAUAACACGAACCCAGUCAUCUCCUCAGCAAAAUUCCCAAUUCCGUUUCAUAUUUAUGCAAACCUAAAAAUGGAAUUCAAAGAAGAUGAAAUUCUCCAAAAACGGGGCAAAUCUACAGAAAUUCAGUCCAUUUGUAGUGAAGCUUCAGUCUUUUCGAUGCCUAAUCUUCCUGAAGAACUCAUCACAGAGAUCAUGUUAAGGCUUCCAGUGAAAUCCCUUUUACAAUUCCGGUCUGUUUCAAAAUCAUGGCUUUCCUUAAUCUCUACCUCUCAUUUUGUGAAGACUCAUCUCUUAUUAUCUGCUAGUAACAAGGAUUACAUCCACCACGGAGUAAUAUCUAAGCCUUCUAAUACCAGCCGCGGUGUCAAAGAUUGUUCUGUUAGCUCUUUACUUUACGAUUCUGUACCUGAGUCAUUUGAAUUGGAUAAUCCAGGUAAAAAUCCCAAUGCUUUUCCUCUCCUUGUGGGUUCGGUUAAUGGAUUGAUUUGUCUUGCUAUCAAUCUAUUUUACGGAUUUGAUUGCUUUAUUAUAUGGAAUCCAUCAAUUAAAAAGUAUAAGAAAUUGCCUUACGAAGAGCAUAUUGUUCCUUAUUUCACUUUUGGUUUUGCAUAUGAUGAAUUCGAAGAUGAUUACAAGAUAGUGGGUAUUUUCCCUAUUUAUAAUUAUGCAAGUCUUUGUCGUGUUGAGGUCAAAAUAUAUAGUUUAAAGAGUGAUUCUUGGAAACGUGUUAAGAAUUAUAAAGGUGCAGAGCUCUUGGGUGAUUCUGCUAAGUUUGUUAAUGGGAAAUUUCAUUGGCUUGAUAAGCACUGGAACAUUAUUUCUAUGGAUUUGGCGGGUGAGAAAUGGGAAGAGGUUGAUCAGCCCUGCUGUUUUAAAGGAUGUGGAUUUUUGAAGCUAGGAGUGUUUGAGAGUGAUCUUUCUGUGUUUUGUAAUUACGCGUGGACUCAUGUUGAUGUAUGGGUUAUGAAGGAAUAUGGAGUAAAAGAAUCUUGGACAAAGAUGUUCACCGUCAAGUCACCCGAAGAUUCUGGGGGACGUAUAUUUUAUCCAAUUAUUUUAAUGUCAAAUGAAGGUGAAAUUUUGCUUAAGUUUGGAUCACGUUUCGUGAAAUACAAUCCAAAGGAUGACUCAAUCAGAUAUCUAGAUGUUACUAAGUUAGCUCCAUGUCUUGAGGUACAAAUAUAUGUUAAGAGCCUAGUUUGCCCUUUUUACUGAUGAGAUCGCGAUUUCACCAACAAAGCAGGCUGAAAUAAUUCUGAUGAAGACAAUUGUGUGACUGAUACCUGGUAGUGGGUAUUUUUCCUAUUUAUACAAGGAGAAACUUGAGUCGUGUUGAGGUCAAAAUAUUUAGUUUAAAGAGGGAUUCUUGGAGAUGAUUGAUGAUUUUCGAGGUCAAGAGCUCUUGGCUGGUACUGCUAAGUUUGUCAAUGGGAAACUUCAUUGGCUUGACAAGCAAUGGAACAUCAUUUCUGUUGAUUUGGCUGAUGAGAAAUGGGCAGAGCUAGAGCGACCAUCCUGUUUUAAAAAAUAUGGAUUUUUGAAGCUAGGAGUGUUAGGGGGUGAUCUUUUCUGCUUAUAUUUAUGCAUCGGGUCAUACAGAUGUCUGGGUUAUGAAGGAAUAUGGGGUAAAAGAAUCUUGGACUGAGAUAUUUACCACCAAGUCUCCAGGUUAUCCUAUGGAACAUCCAUUUCAUCCAACCAUUUUAACGUCAAAUGAAGGUGAACUUUUGUGUCUGUUUGGAGGUCGCUUGAUGAAAUACAAUACAAAGGAUAACAUGAUCAGCUAUCUAGAUGUUACCAACUUUGGUCUAUGUCUUGAGGCAGAAAUCUAUGUUGAGAGCCUAAUUUGUCCCUUUUCACAGCAGGGAUAACGAAUGCCACAACAACGGAGGCUGAAAUAAUUCAGAUGAGAAAUUGUGUGACUAAUAACCUGUAAAAGUUGCACUCGAUGUAUUUUUUGUAAGUGCUGUUAGAUUCUGCUUCAUUUUUCUUGGGGAUCUUGUUAGUUUUUUUCCUUUUCAGCACCAGUUUCAAGAAACAUAAUCUUAUGCACAAGCAAUUAUUUUUGUUGUAUUACCAGGUGUGUUGAACUUUAAACAUAAUGGUACUUGAUGUUGUUGCUCUUCUUAAGCUCUUUUUAAA